GAUGCUGGCAUGGGUGGGAGGGAGAAUAUUUGCUGUCAAAAGCCCCCAAGCGGGGAGAGACCCAAUCUGUGUCAGAAAAUGUGAAGACCUUCAGCUUAGCCCAUGUUUCAGAAGUCUGGACUUAGGAUAAAAACUCUAAUUUGUCAUUUGUUAGGGUUUUGUAUAAUAAGUUGAGGGUGAGCCCAGUUUAGGAGUGCGUAAGGUGUGGGUUGUUGCCUCUCUUCAGGGUUUUUGGUACGGCCAUAUGACACAACAGCACUGUCAUUCUGGCACCUUUGGCUACUGAUCAAAGUAGUUUCAGAGCAGCUGAAGCUUUUUCUCCCAGUAUGCUGUGAGGGGAGAUCCUUUUCCAGUUUCUUCAAGGAGCUGCUGCAGUUGACAAGUAGUUUUCUUUUUUCAGGAACCACAAAAGUUUCAGGAUAGGGAAAGAAGGAAUUGAUUCUGCCUGCUGUGGAAAUUUGAUGUUAAUUAAGAAGCACUUCUUUUAAGGCAUAGUUACUCCAAUAUAGUAGAUUUGAGUUCAAAUUAACGUCAGUAUAGUUUUUAUAAAUGAAGAAAAAAAUGUGUCUGUUUUGGCUGAUAACGCUUUACUGCUAUCUCGUCUCACCCAUUUUGCACUUGCUGAUAACUUCAAAUAAACUUUCUUCGGUCUGUAUAACAUACGGUAUGAUAUGGCCCCACUUACGCACUUGGUCUUUAAAGAAAUAUUUAAGAUCCAUAACAUGGUGGCAGUGCUGGAAGUGAUCUCCAGCCUGGAGAAAUAUCCCAUUACCAAAGAGGCACUUGAGGAAUGCUUGUUUAAAUCGGUCUUUCAUACCCUUUUAAGAUACUGGGGAGUGAAGGGAGAGGAGAGAUGGAGGAAGAAGGAAACGAGACUUGGGAGGCUUAUCAAUGAGGUGAGGAAGAAGACAUCCAAUGAGGAACUUGCCAAACGUGCCAAGAAAUUGUUGCGGAAUUGGCAAAAGUUGAUAGAACCUGUAACCCAGAAUGAACCAGUGCCAAGAGGGUUGCCGAAUCCACCUGGAUCAGCAAAUGGUGGUGCUCACAACUGCAAACCAGAAGCGCAACUUCCUGCUGUGGCUGGAUCAAAGCCCAUCAGCGAAUUGAAAAGCAGGAAUGAUAUACAGAAACUAAAUUCUCCAAAACCAGAGAAAUUGGGAAAUCGGAAAAGGAAAGGUGAACACAGGGAUGGGCAUCAGGGCCCUCCUCCCCCCAAAGUCUCCAAAGCUAGUCAUGAAGUAUUACAAAACUCUUCACCCCCUCCCACAAAUGGAAUUGGAGGUAGUCCUGAAAAUUUCCCUAGUCCUGUAGACAUAAAUCUACAUGCAGGGCCCGAAAGCAGCAGGACAGAACUCAGUGAAAAUGAUAAACACAAUAAGAUCCCAGUCAAUGCUGUAAAACCUCACACCAGUUCUCCAGGACUUGUAAAACCUUCAAGCACUUCCUCGUUAUUAAAGACUGCAGUGCUUCAGCAGCAUGAUAAAUCGGAAGAAACCACAGGACCGCACCAACCCAAGAGUCCUCGCUGUUCCUCAUUUAGCCCCAGAAAUGUUAGGCAUGAUACUUUUGCUCGGCAGCAUACUACGUACUCACCAAAGGAUUCGAUGCCUAGUCCAUCUCAAAGGUCUCAGUUCUUAGAUACUGCACAGGUGCCAUCACCGCCACCAUCCCUGAUGCAACCGUCGACACCUCCAAUGCCAGCAAAAAGACUGGAGUUCUCUCAGCAAUCGGUAACUGAGGUAUCUCAGCACUGGCAGGAGCAGCAGGUACCUUCUGAAAGCCAGCACAGGCAUACAGCAGGGACACUUCAACAGCACACAUCUUCCAGCUGCAAAACCAGCUCCCACCCUGGGGAAUCUCUCACACCACACAUGGGCUUUUCACAGGACACUUCAAAAAUGGACAGUGAUGAUGCUGCUUCAGGUUCCGAUAGUAAAAAGAAGAAAAGGUACCGACCCAGAGACUAUACAGUCAACUUGGAUGGGCACGUGACAGAAGGGGGUGUGAAACCUGUGAGAUUAAAAGAGAGAAAGCUCACUUUUGAUCCCAUGACAGGACAGAUAAAACCUUUAACACAGAAAGAUCCUUUGCAGGUAGAAAUCCCUGCACUUACUGAACAGCACAGGACAGAAACGGAAAAGCAGGAGCAAAAACCCAACCUGCAAAGCCCUUUUGAACAAACGAACUGGAAAGAAUUAUCCAGAAAUGAAAUCAUUCAGUCAUAUUUAAACAGACAGAGUAGCUUGCUGUCUUCAUCAGGAGUACAGACUCCAGGAGCUCACUACUUCAUGUCUGAAUAUUUAAAGCAGGAGGAAAGCACUAGAAAAGAGGCUAGAAAGACUCAUGUUCUAGCUCCUAACAGCAAACCUACAGACUUGCCUGGGGUCACAAGAGAGGUCACAAGUGAUGACCUCAACAGAAUACGUGAACAUAACUGGCCAGGCGUGAACGGUUGUUAUGACACACAGGGUAACUGGUAUGAUUGGACACAGUGCAUAUCUUUAGAUCCACAUGGGGAUGAUGGUAGAUUGAACAUCCUGCCUUACGUCUGCCUAGACUGAGUACAGUUUUGCUAAAAAUGCUUUUACAUCUGCAGUUAGCAAAAAUGGCAGACACUAUGCCACUUACAGAUGGAGAAAGCCUCCUGUCCUGGACAAACAGGCCCAACGAGCAGAGGGUGUGAGGGAGCUGGUUCUUUACAGCUCUUCCCUUUAAAUUCUCCUUUUGUGAAAUGCUGCUACCAGUUUACUAACAAUUGCAAAGGAAGGCAUACGAAGGUUGCUAAAUUGAGUUCAAAACUCUUAUAGCGAGCCAGCUAUAAAAAAGUGUUAGUCCCCAAGAAGUGAAGAGGAUUUCCAGCACUUUCUGAAUGCCGGAAUCUUAUUACAGGCAGGUACAGAGAAAAUUGUGGAAGUUACCUUAACAAAAUAUGCAUCUAUUUAUUUGACUUGAUUUGGGUUUUUAUUUGGCAGUGAGAUAUUCGAGAGACAAUGUGCAAAAACUGUAGUUUUAUUUGUAUCACAUCUCUGAACAUGAUUGCGUUUUUUUAAAGUCAUGUGGUACGGAGAUUGGGUUUUAAACAGCAGGUGUUGCACUGCAGGCUGGGAGACCAGCUUCAGCUCAACAUUCCAUAGGCAUCCACAUAUUUUAGUCUGGUUUCAGUUUAAAUCCAGUCUCUGAGAAAUGCUGCAAAAACUAGAUGUUUAAUGAUAUUUUUGAUCCCACCACCACCAGCCAAAUAUUUUUCCUCCUUUUCCCUUCCUGCAAACUUCUAGGAAAAAAAAAAAAAAAAGAAAAAUCACCUUUUCUAGAAUCUAAAUGUAAUGAGGGUGCUACAAGUUUGUAACUGUACUGUGAGAGGGAAAAAGGAAGCCUGUUUGUAUGCUGGAAAUAUACUUGUUACCAUUCCUUUAGAUAUUGUUUGCCUUAUGGAUAUCCAUCAUAAACGCAAUUUGCAAAAACAAAGAGCCUUAGUGAAUGUACAGUACCUAGACUUCUGUGUUCUUGGGAUGCAGAAGGGAGCAACUUUGCUAUUUGGUCCUUUAAGUGGACACAUUGUGAUAUAAAUGUGGAAAUAAAAAAAAUUUGCACAAAA